UGACGUGGCACGUGAGUGGGAUAUAGGGGGACAAAUUUAGGGGAACCGCUGAAGACAGUCUCAGGUCGAGAUCGAAACCGACUCCGCUUCCGCCUUCCCCGCCGUUGGGGUUCAUCAGCAGUUCGCAGGGUAAAGAAAGGGCGGCCGCGAUGUGGGUGGAAAUCCUGUGCGGCCUGGUGGUCUACAAGAUCAUCCAACGCGUCUUCUUCGCCGGCGGCGACGACGCUUCCUACCUCGCCGACCUCGACUCCUCCCACUCCGAUCUCUGCUUCGCCGUCGCCUCCAGGCUCGAGAAGCUCUACGCCGGUCGAUGCUUCGUCGGUCUCCGCAUCCCCGACCCCGACGCCGGCGAGCGCCAGCAUAUCGACGUUGUCCUCGUUACCAAGAGGGAGGUGAUGGUGGUAGCGAUCAAAAACUUAUCUGGUUUUGUUGAGGCUGACAAGGAUGGAAAUUGGUCUUGUCCCACUGACAAGAAGCAUAAGCAUGAGAUAUUUCCAAACCCGGUAUUAGAAGUCAACAGACUAGCUGCUAAUCUUCAAUCAUACUUGGAGCAAAGGGGAGCAAAACUGCCUGAUGGGCAUAUCAUCGGGAGAGUUGUUCUGCCAAAUCCCAACUGCAGGCCUUCCUAUACUAUAAGCACCCAACCAGAGGUCAUGCUGUAUGAUCAAUGGAAGGAUCUCAAGACAGACUCAAAGACUGGACUCUCAGCAUGGAUUAAAGGUGCAUUUACUGGAAGCAGAAGUGACAUGCAAGAUUCUGUACUCCAGAAUCUACAUUUUAUUCUCAGCUCAUCGCCUAUGUGGGACAGGUUGGAACUCAAAGGAGACAAAAAUGUUCUUGGUGAAUUCAUUGAAUUCAAAGGCAGGCAUGAGGACGUUCAACUUCUCAAAAUUCUCAAGAGGUCAAAAGUCAGUCGCUUCAUCAUCCAGAAGUCAACUCUUUUUGGUGGUUUUGGUAGGUCACGAGUUCAAAUAUUGUAUUCUCCUCGUGACUAUCGAGCUGAGGGGACUUCAUCUUCAGAGUUGAAAGAGAUUUCUGUGAAGCAAUACACGGAGAUCGUUUUCCAACCACUGCGUUCCAAAAAGGCUCGGAAGUUCAAGCUGUCCAAUGUUGUUUCUGUCACACUGAGUGCCUAGCAAGCAGAAGCUUGCCUUUCAAAUUUAGGCUAGCCAAGUAGCCAUAUCUCUUGUAUUUUAUAUUUCUCGUCCGUGUGUGUAACUCAUCAGUUGUGUGCUUCUCUGUUUGCACUUGUAAUUAUGUGUCUGUUCUUGAUGAUGAGGGAAGUAACUUACAACGACGGCUAACUGAAUAUGCUUCGUACUGUUGCUUGACAUUAUGUGCGCUAUGGUACGGGGACCUGAUUGAAUA